UUUGGGUGCAUGGAGGUCUUCGUGCUCAUAGUCAUGUCCUUUGAUCGCUAUGUGGCCAUUUGCAAGCCCCUGAGAUACACAACCAUCAUGAACCAGCAUGUCUGUGGUGUGUUGUUAAUUAUGGCCUGGGUGGGGUCUUGUUUCCAUUCAUCAAUACAAGUUCUCUUGGUCUUGAAAUUGCCCUUUUGUGGAUCCAAUGUUAUUGACCACUAUAUCUGUGAUACACAACCUUUGUUGAAAAUUGCCUGCAUGGACACUUAUUUCAUAAAUCUACUCAUAGUGUUUAAUAGUGGGGCCUUAUGCAUGGUGAGUUUCAUAAUCCUGAUCAUCUCCUAUAUAUUCAUUUUACACUCUCUGAGUAACAAGAGUGCAGAAGGAAGAAAGAAAGCCCUUUCUACCUGUACCUCCCACAUUAUUGUGGUCAUCUUAUUUUUUGUGCCAUGUAUAUUCACAUACACUCGCCCUCCAAUCACAUUUCCAGUGGACAAGAUGGUGGCUGUGUUUUACACUAUUGGGACUCCCUUGCUCAACCCUCUGAUAUACACUCUGAGGAAUGCAGAUGUCAAAAAUGCCAUGAGAAAAUUAUGGUGUGACCAACUAUGCCUUGAGAUGACAAAGAACAGAAGACUCCAGUUGAUAAUUCUGUAA